AACAUUUUCAUGUCACAUAUGCUUAAAUAAAUCAUACAUCGGAUUUAUUUGAUUAAUCCAGAGAGAACAUGUUUAGGUGUAUCUACUUAUAUUGGAUUUUUCUUUCCCCCAAUGAAGGUGAGAAAAGUCCAUCAUUGCAUGAAAAGUCACCAUUUGUACCCCUGUCUUACGGUGACCAUCACUUAUCAAACCCUGACAGUCAAGCAUUGGAUGUGAAUGAUUCAAGCAGUACAUCUUCUGGCGAGUGCUAUCAAAUCACAGAGAUUGUCACGAACAACAAUUUCAUGUCGCGUGAGGAAAGACCAUUGUUGCAUGAAAAGUCAUCAUUUGUACCCCUGUCUAGCGGUGACCAUCACUUAUCAAACCCUGACAGUCAAGCAUUGGAUGUGAAUGAUUCAAGCAGUACAUCUUCUGGCGAGUGCUAUCAAAUCACAGAGAUUGACACGGACAACAAUUUCAUGUCGCGUGAGGAAAGACCAUUGUUGCAUGAAAAGUCAUCAUUUGUACCCCUAUCUAGCGGUGACCAUCACUUAUCAAACCCUGACAGUCAAGCAGUGGAUGUGAAUGAUUCAGACAGUACAUCUUCUGGUGAGUGCUAUCAAAACACAGAGAUCGACAUGGACAACAGUCUCCAGUGUGACGAGGAAAGCCCAUCAUUUCCUGAGAAGUCACUACAGACACCCCACAGCACUCAGAUGACAGGAAGCACUGCUGGUUACAGCGGCUCUCAUGUACCUGUAUCCCACAGUCAAAAUGGGAAUGAUUCAGACAGUACUUCAUCGGAAGAGUGUUAUCAGAACACAGAGAUUGAUGAAAACGCCUUUGACCAUUAUGGUGAGGAAAGCCCAUCACUUCCUGAGAUGUCACAGAUGACAGAAAAUACUGAUGGUAACGGGGACCAUCAUGUACCUAGAAACCUCAGUCAAGAAACAGAUAACAGCAGCACAGCAUCAGAGGCAUCAUAUGUUAAUGUACCACCUAAAGAGAGGGAGGACCAUUCUGUUGAAUCUUCAGAGAGCGACUAUGAUGAACUUGGAACCUGGUGA